GCGAGUCACGUGCCUGCAUCCGAGUGAAACCUGUGGUUAACGUUACUGAAAUGGGAGAGCGAAGAACGGGAAAAGGAAGGAAAGCGAACAAGGUGAUUCAUCGGCACACUGUUUAUUCAUACAAGGUUUGCAUUCUGACCUGCAAGCCAAUGUAAGUCGUGUUGAGUGACUGCGUGUGAAAGAGCAACAGCUUGUGGGACCAUCACCAUCCUCAUGUCCUAUGGAGGAGGCUUUUACGGACGCACUGAGCAUGUCCGCCAGGCGCCCCACUACGACCAGGUACCCCAAGGUUCUUUAUCCCUAUCGGACUCCUAUGAUGUGCAGCCCCUGAGAGAGCAGAGUGCCCCUGAUCUUGCUCAGAGCACCGACCCUCUUCCACCUCCACCUUUGCCUGCUCAACCUCCUGUAGGCCUCGACUUUGACCCCAGUGGAAGUGAAGACAACGGUGACCCAGAUCCUGACCCUGCCAUCGACAUCAAACCAGUCCAUCGCUUUGUCCCCGACUCAUGGAAGAACUUCUUCAGAGGAAGCAACCGCAGCAGUAAGAAGACGUUGUCCAUGCCUGCCUCUUCAAACAAUAAUAAUAGUACCACAGAGGGAGUUCGCUGCUCUCCCCCACACUCCCCCUCUCUUCCUGGAUCAUACCAGGAUCGCUAUGGAGGAUCAGGCGGCAGCUACAACUCACGCAAAGAGCUUCUGGAAGCAAGGGAUGGCCAUGAGUCUGUGUCAGGGCGCACCUAUCGUACAGGCCUGACCUACAGUGAGCGAGUGGAGGAGUACCAUCAGCGCUACGGCUACAUGAAGUCCUGGGCUGGGCUGCUGAGGAUUCUGGGCUGUGUGGAGCUGCUGCUGGGAGCAGCUGUAUUUGCCUGUGUUUGCGCUUAUAUCCACAAAGACAAUGAGUGGUUCAAUAUGUUUGGAUACUCGUUUACUGGUGGAGGUUAUGGAGCAGGAUACUACAAUGGCAACAUAGGCGGGAGUUACUACACAGGCCCCCUAACCCCUUUUGUGUUGGUAGUGGCAGGGCUGGCAUGGCUGGUGACUGUGAUCGUAUUAGUGUUGGGGAUGACUAUGUACUAUCGCACCAUCCUGCUAGACUCCACCUGGUGGCCUCUGACUGAGUUUAUCAUAAACCUGGUUUUGGCUGUGCUGUACAUGGUAGCAGCCAUUGUCUAUGUUCGAGACACAACUCGUGGAGGGCUCUGCUCCUACCCAGUGUUCAAUAAUGGUAUCAACGGAGCGUUCUGCAGAACAGAGGCAGGCCAGACUGCUGCCAUUAUCUUCCUCUUUGUCACAAUGAUUGUGUAUCUCAUUGGAGCUAUUGUGUGUCUCAAGCUGUGGAGACAUGAAGCUGCACGCAGGUACCGACAGAGACAUGGCCAGGAGAUGCAGCCCUCAAACAUGCGAACUGUGCAGUCAUUGAUGGUGACAGAUUCUGCUCCUGCUCCCAGAGUUCCAGAGCAGGUCCAGGGCUCCUCAGUGGUUCCCAUCCAAGCUGCACCAAAAGCAGUUCCUGCAAAGAUUUUGCAGGGAGCUAUACCAUCGGGACACAUUCCUAAACCUGUUAUAGUACCAGACUACAUUGCUAAGUACCCAACAAUCCGUUCGGAUGAGGAGCGGGACCAGUACCGGGCUGUGUUUAAUGACCAGUACGCAGAGUACAAAGAGCUCCACUCAGAGGUGCAGAAUACCCUCAAGAAGUUCGAUGAGAUGGAUGCUAUGAUGCGCAGUCUACCUCAGCACCCCACCAGCCAGAUGGAGGUGGACCGCAUUAACAGAAUCCUCCAGGACUACCAGAGGAAGAAAAAUGAUCCCACUUUCCUUGAGAAGAAAGAGCGUUGUGAAUAUUUGAAGAGCAAACUGUCACACAUCAAACAGAAGAUCCAGGAAUAUGACAAAAUCAUGGAAUGGAAUGACGGAUAUAGCUGAAAACCUACUAUCAACAGUUUCUCUUUAGAAUGUCUGGUUUGUUAAAGCCUACAAGUUCAAGGCAAAAGGCCACAAUAUUUCAUAUUUUACAGGAAUAGUUUGACAUUUUUUGAAAUACUCUUUAAUUUUGUGAGGGCGAGCUGGAUAAAACCAUCAUCUCACUGGUGUAGUCAGUUAGCUAAAGCCUUGGUUACACAGGCCUAGAGCCCAGUAAGGAACCCCACCCCCGUGAACCUUGGGUCCAUCCAUCCUAUCCAUCCAUUUUCUUCUGCUUAUCCUUUUCAGGGUCACUAGACAUGCUGCACUGAAAACCUCUUUGUGAUUGCUUUGGCCACUAAAAGAUUGCUGCAAUUGCCUGUUUGAAUGGAAGAUGCAGACUUGUCUGCAGACACUCACCAUUUACUCUCUGAGCUGUAACUCUGAAAAGUGCAGCGCCAACUGGAAAUGGAGAACGUUCACAUUCAGAGGAAAAGGUGUGUCUUACUUCCACGACCAACUUAUUUCAAAAGGUGUAACUUUUACUUUGAAGAUGAAUGGUCUCCAUUUCCAGCUUGUUACUGCUUAGUGAGUAGUUGGAGUGUUUGCAUACAAGUCACCGUCUUCCAUGCAAACUGCUAGCAAUCCCCAGAAACUUCCAAUUACAAAGGGGUUUGUGUUGCACCAGAUACCAUUUUGCAACCACUUUCAUGCUAGCGAUAGUCAGCAACCUCCAGCAAUUACUUGCCAACCUGUUGGGGAAUGCACUUUACGGAGGUUGACAGGGGGUCACUGACAUGUCUUUGGGCCUGAGUCAAUAGGGCUUUAGCAAUUGAUUUCAUAGCAACUGCCUGCAACCUCAAUGAACCAUGCCAACCAGUUGCACAUUUUUCCCUUAGCAAGUGGUUCGAGGUUGUGGUCGCGUUUGUGACUGGGGCCUAAGCUAAUUGGCUACAUUCUUAAAUUUGGGUGGUUAGCUUAGUAUAACAUCAAAGAAGCAGGCUAAAUAGCUAGCCAAGCUUUGGCUAACUUUAAUAAAACUUUAAUAUGACCAACACUAAAGUCACAAAUAAACACAAGUUGUUCUAGUGUUUUGUUUUUUCUCUUCACCGUCUCUUCGCGGUAGCUUCAUAUUUUCAUUGACAGACAUUUGAGAAACCAUAAAAUGUCAAAAUAUUUCUUUAAAUCCACUUAAACAUGGAAAUAAAUAUACAAAAUAUGUAUAUGUGAGGCUGUGACUAAAAAUGUAGCUGAGACUGUCCAUUUAAUUUCAUAGAUGAAAUUGGUUUUAGAUGUGAAUGUUUGUGUAUAUUCAGUGAGAGAUGCUGCAUUGUUUCUGUCAUAAUUUCUCCUUUGUGAGGCUGCCUGGACAUGAUCUUCCUGUCAGUCUUUGUCAGUUGUCUUCGUAUAUUUUUUUUUAGCUUCCUGCCUUACAGAAAUCACUGUUUGUCUAGUUGAUUUUUUGAACUGCUGUUAUGAUUGUUUUAAGUGCACUUUGUCAUUUUUAUGUUGCUGUGUCUGAAUUUGAAAAUACAGUAGUUAUGUCUCUUGGUAGGAUUGUAACUAUACUGGUAUUUCUUUCAUUGAAUAAAUAUUUUAUACUUUUUGAACACUUAACUGCCUAAAUAUCACCAUUUAUUUGUUCUAUAACACUGUAAACAUCUUCACUGAUAUUUCUGCAAGUGUUUUGUUUCUCUGUAUUGUAAAUAUGUUGCUCUAAAUGUCCAUGUUUUUUCAGAAUACAGUUCUGCUUAUGCACUGA